AUGUCUUCGCAUUUACGCUCAAAACAAUCCAAUACACAGACAUUAGUGUGUAAUUACGAGAAGAGUGCCAUUCAGUCACUACCGCCGCCGAGUGUCCCUCACCUGCCGGUAGGCGUUUUCUGGGACAUCGAGAAUAUUCAGGUGCCGUUCAAUCGGUCGGCCGUACAACUGGUGGAGCGGAUCCGACAGAAGUGUUUUGAACGCAAGUACCGCGAGAGCGAGUUUCUGGUGGUUUGCGACACACAUAAAGUGAACGAUGAAUUGCUCAACGAUCUGAACGCAGCGCAGGUGACAGUCAUUCACGUGAAUUGCGUGGCGAAGAACGCGGCCGACGAUAAGCUUCGGCAGCAGAUCCAGCGUUUUGUUGAUCUCAACGGUUACUCGUCGGCCGUCGUAAUGAUUACGGAUGACGUUAACUUCGCGCCCGUAUUGAGUGAUCUAAGAAAUAGAGGACGCGUUGAGAUAAUGCUUAUCCAAAGACAGGCGGCGCCAGCGCUUAGAAAUUCAGCCGAUUUUGUCAUCAAUUUCACUGAUUUGUCAAAAGACUUGGAAAUCCGUCGCAAAACUCAUAGCAAAGGUUUUUAAUUUUUACA